GGGGUGCCAGCACAUUGAGCAGUCCUUGCUGGGGAGCCCGAAGCAAACAUGGACCAGGAAACAGUGGGCAAUAUUGUCCUGUUGGUCAUCGUCACCCUCAUCAGCGUGGUCCAGAACGGGUUCUUUGCUCACAAGGUGGAGCAUGAAAGCAAGACACAGAAUGGGCGGAGCUUCCAGAGGACCGGGACGCUUGCCUUUGAACGUGUCUACACUGCCAACCAAAACUGCGUAGACGCGUACCCCACAUUCCUUGUUGUGCUCUGGAGCGCUGGGCUACUCUGCAGCCAAGUUCCCGCUGCCUUUGCUGGACUGAUGUACCUGUUCGUGAGACAAAAGUACUUCGUCGGCUACCUAGGGGAGAGAACUCAGAGCACACCAGGCUACAUAUUUGGGAAGCGAAUCAUACUGUUCCUGUUCCUCAUGUCCCUUGCUGGCAUCUUCAACUAUUACCUCAUCCUCUUUUUCGGAAGUGACUUCGAAAACUACAUAAAGACCAUAACCACCACCAUCUCCCCUCUACUCCUCAUCCCCUGACUCUCUGCUGAGUACAGGGUCAGCGCUCUCAUCUGAUCAAUACCUAAAGUCAUCAUUACUCAACCCUUGAAAAGAUACAGCUCCUCUUCAGACCGCUGUAAAUCUAAUGACCAUCUGGGCUCCACAGCUUAAGUUAACCUUGCUUUCCCUGGAAGAAAAUAACUUUGUGUCUGCUCCCUGCCUUGAGAAUGGCAGUGGCCCCGUAUUUCUUAUUCAGACCCGUUCUGUAUGUUUCUUGAGUUAUCCCACUUUCUGAAGAUGUUUUGUGACCAUUUAUGUUUUCCUAAAAUAAAACACCGAGACAGGUUUCAGGCU